UCUCUCUCUCUCUCUCUCUCUUCCCAUCUCACAGCGUCAAUCUCUCUCUCUCUUCUCCGCUCACAACGACUCUCUCUCUCUUCUCCGGUGUAUCCGUUCUCCGGGAACUUCUCCGAAGAGGGAGAGAGAAAAAAAACCGUUCGAUUCAAUCUCUUGACGAAUUUUUCUUAAGCUUUCCUUAUUGGGAUUUGAAGAUUCUGAGUGGUUGUUAUGAUGAUAAUGUGGGUUUGAUUAGUUCUUGACAGUUUCUCUACGCUCAUGGAUUCUUCUCUCGAUGGAGCUGCAGGUGACUCAUCGAAAUGCAAUGAAAUGAGUGUUGAUGAGAAGAGACAGCUUGUUUAUGAACUGUCGAAGCAAUCACAUCUAGCUUCUGAGGUCUUGCAGGCAUGGAGCCGGCAAGAGAUUCUACAGAUCUUAUGCGCAGAAAUGGGAAAAGAAAGGAAGUAUACUGGCUUGACCAAAGUCAAGAUCAUCGAGACCCUUUUGAAAAUUGUAUCCGAGAAAAACCCUGGAGAGAAUGAAGGAAAGAAGAGAGAUUCUGAUUGUUUGCCUAUUCAGAGAAACACAAAGAGACAAAGGAAGGUCGAUAAUCCUUCUAGGUAUGUGCUUCCAGCAAGCAACAACGUAACAAGCAACAAUGCCUCAGGGAGCUGCAGCUCGGUUAAUACUAAAGGUGAGAGUACUAUCUACUGCAAGAAUUUGGCUUGCCGUGCUGUACUGAGACAGGAAGACUCAUUUUGCAGAAGGUGUUCCUGUUGCAUCUGUCGUAAGUAUGAUGAUAACAAAGAUCCUAGUCUCUGGUUAACAUGUAGCUCAGAUCCUCCAUUUGAGGGUGAGUCUUGCGGAUUCUCGUGUCAUCUUGAAUGUGCUUUCAAGACUGAAAAAUCCGGUCUUGGAAAAGACAAGCAAAGUGAGGGAUGCUGCUUCUAUUGUGUCUCUUGCGGUAAAGCAAACAGUUUGCUUGAAUGUUGGAAGAAGCAAUUGACGAUUGCUAAAGAAACCAGAAGGGUAGAUGUGCUUUGUUACCGUCUUUUCUUAGUACAGAAACUAUUGAAGAGCUCAACAAAAUACCGAAAUCUGUGUAUGGUUGUGGAUGAAGCUGUCAAGAGUCUUGAAGCUGAUGUAGGUCCUCUCACUGGUCUCCCUAUGAAAAUGGGUAGAGGAAUUGUAAACAGACUUCAUUCGGGACCCGAUGUGCAGAAACUUUGCUCUUCUGCUCUUGAAUCUCUUGAAACUCUAGCAACUAAACCUCCGGAUGUUGCUGCAUUACCUUCAUCUCGCAGCUCCAAGAUGCAGCAAGAUUGUUCUUAUGUAUUGAGUAAUGAGAUAUCUGCAGAUACAGCAACCACAGGAUCAACCAAGAUCAGGUUCGAGGAUGUUAACGCGACUUCACUUACAGUGGUUCUCGCCUCUAAUGAAAUUCCCUCACCUCCAAACAUCGUCCACUACAGUAUUUGGCAUCGCAAGGUACCAGAAAAAGAUUACCCGGAGAAAUCGACUUGCACAUUGUUUACUCCAAACACAAGAUUUGUUGUCUCUGGAUUAGCUCCAGCUUCCGAGUAUUGCUUCAAAGUUGUGUCCUAUAGUGGAACCAGAGAAAUGGGCGUCGAUGAAAUCAAUGUUUUGACACGUAGCGCUGAAGAAGGAGCGAAUUGCUCUUCGGGAGUCGAAAGAAGCGAAAGCCCUCUCACAAAUUGCAGCACAUUGUCUUCUAAUCCUUCUUCUGUCGAAGCUGAGUCCAAUAACGAUUACAUUGUGCCAAAGAAGCCAUCAAAGAACGACAACAACAAUUCUCCUUCAGUUGAUGAAAGUGCUGCUAAAAGGGCGAAGAGGACAACCGAAUCAGACAUUGUACAGAUUGAGAAUAACGUUGAACAGAUUGUGUUGUUGGAUGAGGAAGAACAAGAAGCUGUUCUGGAUAAGAACGGAUCCGGAUCCGGAUUCGGAUCUGAAACUCCAGCCCUGGUUACUACGAAUAAUCUUGCUAGUAAUCGAAACAAUUCAGAUGCGAGUUUGCCAAUUACUCCCUUCAGGUCAGAUGAAAUCAAGAACCGUCAAGCCAGAAUUGAAAAAUCGGUUAAAGACAAUUGUAACAACGGUGAUCACUCAGCGAAUGGAGGAACAGAGAGUGGACUAGAGCAUUGUGUGAAGAUCAUAAGACAGCUCGAGUGUUCAGGACAUAUCGACAAGAAUUUCAGACAGAAGUUUCUGACUUGGUAUAGCUUGAGAGCAACGUCACAAGAGAUUAGAGUUGUGAAGAUAUUCAUUGAUACGUUUAUUGAUGAUCCCAUGGCUUUAGCUGAGCAGCUCAUAGAUACUUUCAACGACCGCGUUUCGAUAAAGCGUUCUGCGAUUGGUGGUAGCGGUGCGUCUGCGGUUGUUCCAUCUGGAUUCUGUAUGAAGUUGUGGCAUUAGAGAUGGGGAGAUUUGGGAACUUCUGCUCUGUUUUUUUUUCAAGUCAUUUUCAAAACGUUAUUCUAAUUAUUGGGAAAUUUGCAUUAUUGGAACAUUUCCAUGCAAGAACAGUAGUACUGUUGCUAUCGAAUAGUUUGUUUUGUCGGAUUAUUUAUUUUAUUUUAUGGAUUUGAUUCCAUUUAUAAUUUAGUA